AUGAAACGUAAGCUUGUACGUCCUCAGAAAAAGCUUUAUGCGUCGUCGAGUCCUCCAAACAAAUGUGGUAAUGCUAAGAAUGCACGAUAUGCUCUUACCGGUGAAACCGAUAUUGAUCAGCUUGGAGAUUUAUUGGCUAGUUCGAUCAACAAGGAAGAGUUUGCUUGUUUUAUUGCUACUGAUUCUGAUUCCGAGAGGGAUAAUGAUGAAGACUCUAUGUUGGAAAGAGAGAUGUGGAAAACACGACUUCUGAACCAGUUCCAUGGCGAUGCAUCGGAGAACCCUAUGGACCAUCUUGAAGAUUUUGAAGAAAUCUGCAGCACCAAGAAAUCGAUCGGAGUUCCUGCAGAUUACAUAAAGUGCAAGUUAUUUCCAUUUUCUCUUUGUGAUAAGGCGCGUGCUUGGUUCAAGUCUUUGUCUUCUGGUCACUCGAAUCAUGGGACGAAUGCAAGGCUGCCUUCCUUAACCAUUUCUACACCACCUCUAGAUCAAACUUCUUUAGAGACAAGAUUUAUAGGUUCCAACAAAAAGGAGGCGAAAUUUUUCAUGAAGCUUGGGAUCGUUAUAAAGGCUACAUUAGAGAAUGUCCUCACCACGGCACCUCUAAAUAUAGCAAGCGAUGGAAACUUCAUGACACUUACUGUGGAAGAAGCUUACAUCUUGAUUAAUAAUCUUGCUGCAAGCAGCAGAAACAAUUGUCCUGAUCAAGGAAGAACAUCACGUUCUACUUCCCAUGAUCAUAAGGAGAUUGAAGAACUUAAAGCCAUGGUGAAAUUGUUUCUCCAAAAUCAGCAGCGUUCUGUUAAUGUCUGUGAAGCAGUUAAUGCAGCUGAGAUCAAUCAUCAACUUGGAACACAAGAUCAAACCCAUAUGAAUCUCCAAUCUGCUCCAAAAUCAUCUCCAACCUCUCAAGACAACAAGCUCGAGCUUAUGGUGCAACCACUUCUUAUAAAGCUGCAAAGAUUAGAAGACGAUGUGGAUAUAAGAGUGGACUGCCUAUACACUGACCUUAAUGGUAAAUUUGAAGCUCUUUCCACUCAUGUUGAUAGCAUGGACGUGCAGCUAUCACAAACCAUAGAUAGUUCAAAAAGCACCGAAAUUAUCGACAGACGAAUCGCUGAGGUACAUGAAAAAAUCGCCCAAGACACCCGCAACCUCGAGCUUAAGUUAGACAUCAUGAAUGAUUACCUCAACAAGAACAAUGAGGAGUCAUUUCAGAAGUUCACUAACCUCUCAACUCAUGUCAAGAUGCUCGAGAAACAAAUCGGAAAAAUUGGAGAAAGUGUGAAGAGACAAGAUGGUCAUCUUCCGGGAAAAACCAUAGACAAUCCGAUGUGGCGUUGCAAUGUCAUAGACACUGAUGGUGAGAGAGAAGUCACGCCUAUUCCUGGCAAUCAGGACACUGAAGUUGAAUCUCCAGCAUGUCCUGAAGAGUAUGAUGUAAUAGGAAAAGUUCCACACCAAAGGAAGCUUCAUAAGAUAAAUGAUUCGGUGAAGUUUGUCUUCCCCUGCAUAAUUGAAGGUAUGGAAUUUCUGGACUCUCUAUGUGACACAGGAGCAAAUGUGAAUGUGAUGUCUAAAGCAAUUGCAACCGAGCUGGGGAUGCGUGACAUCAAACCUUCUCACGGUUCUGUUAAGUUUGGAGACAAUUCAAGCACGAUUCCGUAUGGUUUCGUAAUGGAUUUGAUGGAGCAAGUAGGAGGGUGUCUUGUUCCUGUUGAUUUUCACAUUCUUGAGAUGGAAAAUGACUCUCCCAGGGCGUUAAUAUUUGAAAGUUCAUUCCUUGCAUCAGUGAGGGCAGUUGUUGAUUAUCCCAACCGAAGAGUUUGUUUUUCUAAAGUCAAAAAGAGAAUCUUCUAUCCUGCAGUCUGUAGUGGUGGAAGCUCUUACUGUAUAACCAUCUACAAGGAAGAGAAGUUGAUUCUAGACCCUGGAGAUAACAAGGGAAGGUGCCAACACGUUUCUAUACAAGCCCAUUUAGUCGAGCCUAAGGGAGUUGUCGAGUCGAGAAAAUCAAAGCAUAAAGCAAGGAUGUCUAAGCGCAAAUCAAAGAAAUCUAAGGGCAAAGCUACCUCACCUGGUGCAAGCGUGACAUCGACCUCUCAAGACCCUAUUGGAGACGUGGAGAAAGAUGGUAAUGCUAAAGUAAUCACCCCAGAGACACGUCCAGCCCCGCCUCCAAAAGCAAAACCUUCCGAGCUUCCUGGUUUAUGCAUAUCGCGAAUUACCUAG